UCUCAACACUACUUGUGUGAAUAUGUCUGGUCGUGGGAAAACCGGCGGGAAAGCUAGAGCUAAGGCGAAGACGCGUUCUUCGCGUGCUGGACUUCAAUUUCCAGUGGGACGUGUCCACAGGCUUCUCCGUAAAGGCAACUAUGGCGAGCGUAUUGGUGCUGGGGCUCCUGUCUAUUUGGCGGCUGUUCUCGAGUAUUUGACCGCUGAGAUUUUGGAAUUGGCUGGCAAUGCGGCUCGCGACAACAAGAAAACCAGAAUUAUCCCACGUCACCUGCAGUUGGCCGUCCGCAACGACGAGGAGCUCAACAAACUUCUCGGCGGCGUCACAAUCGCCCAGGGUGGCGUGCUGCCUAACAUCCAGGCAGUUCUCUUGCCUAAGAAGACUGAGAAGGCAGCCAAGACUAAGUAAAAGCCGUCAUCUACAACUGCCAUAAAACGGCUCUUUUCAGAGCCACCUAUUUGUUCCGUAAUGAGUUAUAUUCCUCAACUUUGAAAUAAAACGUGAUUGUAUACUGAC